AGCCUCGGGGGUCCUGGGCUCAGGAGCCUCCAUGGUGGACGUGGCAGCCCCCAACAGGUCCCGGUGUCGGCGAAUGCCCGGCAGCGCUCUGGCCCCCGGUCCCCCAUGAGUUCAUCACUGCUGCGCUCUUCUUCGUCCCAGGCACUUAGCCCAGAUCGUGAGAACAGCAUCAUUAAGAAACAGAGACAAGAACUCCAGCUUUUAAUUGCAGAACUGAAAGAGCGUGACAGGGAGCUCAAUGACAUGGUUGCUGUGCAUCAGAGACACAUCCAGGCCUGGGAGGGUGAUCGCCACAAAAUACUGACUUUAGCAGAGCGAUGCAGCUUAUUGACCAGUGAGCUGAACAACAAAAAUGCAAUCAUAAAAUCACUGACCAAAAGGUUGAAGUUCUUAGAAUCUCAGCGGAAUGACAGUCAGGCAACACUUGAAAAUACACAGCAGAAGUUUAAAGAGCUGACUCAAAAAGUAACAGAUUCAUCUGUUCACUGCCAGGCUCUGGAGGAGAAAAAUCAGGAUCUCCACUGCUCAGUUUUGCAGCUGUCAGUUAAAACAGGCCAACUGCAAGCAAGGGAACAGGAGCUCCUCACUAUGCUUAGAAUGAAGGACAAUGCUUUAAUUGAAACAACUGAUCACAUUAAUGAGUUUACUUGCAAAUUGAAAAAGUUGGAAAGUGCAUUGCGUGCAGUGAAGUCAGAGGAUUUCUGUCUCAACAGAGAGCAGAAGGAGCUCAGACUGACACUGAAAGAGCUAAUGCAUCAGACAAAUAAGCUGCAAGAUGUCCUCUCUGAAAAGAUGGAGGAGAACAGCAAGCAGCACGAAGAAAUCCUUCACCUGAAACAUGAAAAUGGCUGCUUGAAGAAUGAGCUGGCACUGGCAGUGGAGAAAGCCGAAAGGAAGGAUGAACUUUAUCAGUUUGCCAAGUCUAAACAGGCGCGGAUUGAAAAGGAGUUAUCCAGUCUGCGACAGGUCUAUGUAAAACAGCAGAAUGACUUACAGUUCCUUCACGGCAACUCAGAGAGCCCUCAGGCCUCAAGGCAAAAGCAUGAAAAGACGGGAAGCAGAAGGAGUGAAGAAAACACGAGUGUGAGUUUCUACCGCUUGGAUUCUCCCCGUUUGACAACGGCUCAGGAGAGCAACACGUCCCAGAGAUCCGUGGAAUUCUCUGGUCAAGACUCCCCUCUGCACAUCAGCGACCUGGCAGUGACUCAGCCAGCAAACAGAUGCUGCAGUGCUGCCAUGGACACAGGCACCAGUUCCCUGCUGAUGAAGCUGCAUCGCGCUGUGGCCGAGUCUGGGCAGAUGAUUGCUCGUCUGAACCUCAGCCUUCUCCCCCAGAGCCCUCACCUCAUUCCAAACAGCAGCCACAUGGAUACAGUAUAGAUUGUUCUCCCAGGACUAGGUUGAGGUGCUCAGGAAUACUGAUUGGGAACAUCUUAUCCCUUAUGCUUGACUUGCACUCCAUUAGCGAAGCAUGAGGGGGAUAUUGUUUAUUGAGAGACAAUUCCUGCCUGCCUUAGCUGCAAGUGCCUGAAUUUUUUAUAGGAUUCUUUUAGAGGAUCCUCAAGGUCAUGACAGGAUUUGACUUUUGCAUGUGUCUAAACAGAUGGAAGGAAGAAGUCAUUUUGGGCCAAGCUGUAGGAGGCCUAGAAAAAAAGAAGUGAACACUGGUUCUUUCUCACUUGAAGCACUUGAGAUGAUUUGUCAGGCUCAGUGCACACUCACCACUCUGCUGCCCCAGAGGCUUAGAGUCAGAACUGCUUAUUAUUGUGUUCAUGGAAAGGAGGGCAGUAUAGGGAAUAGGUGUUAGGUAGGAUAGUUUGGGGUAUGAAUUUAAACCAGACACGCAGCUUAAAUAGAUUCAGUGGGGUUGUGGGUUAAUAAUUUUAGUUCUUUCAUUGCAGGGUCAGAGAAUAUACUCAGUGGUCAAAGAAAAAAACCUGUAUGUGGCUGUGUGGCAGUUUAUGAGCGUGAGCACUGAUAGGGAGUUGCUGUUGGGUAUGUGGGCAGAAGGAGUAAUUGGUGAAGGAGUCACUUGCUUGUUUUCAUAAAUAUCCGUAAGAAUUUCUACCUUGUUUGACAAGGACAUUGUGCCAUUUGUCACUAGAAAUGAGUCCACUUGUGCUGAUACAUGUACCAGAGGGAGGAUUUAGGCUCUUGGAUUUAGAGCAGGCUGCUUUCUCCUCACACAUCACCUCCCUCUGAAAAUGCUGGACCACUUUUAGCCUCAGAUGAACUUGACCAGAACAACGUUGCUGUAAGUAACAGACAAAGCAAUUUUUAUAACAUUCAGAGCCAUAAACCCUUGGCUGUGCUGGGACUGACUGAGUGAGUGUAAAGGUUGUUGUGCCAGCGUUUGCACCAACUGAAAGGAGAUUUUGUUCAGCAGCUCCUCUGCAGGAUUUCAUUCAGCAGGGAGGACAGCAGCAGUUUAGUCUUUUGCAAAUCCAUGUAGGAGGAUUCCUGAAAAGCUCCCUACAACACAGGGCUUGCUUGUGGCUCCUGCCCAGCCCCAUCAGCUGUCUGGCUCCUGCUGGCUGGUUGGCACGUCACAGCUCGGCCACUCGGGCUGCUUUAGAGCCCGAGCCUGCAUUUUUGAGCUUGGGAAUUGGCUCCUCAUUCAGAACUGGGGCUUCAGGGGACAGAACAUAAAGCACGCUCGUGGGUUCUGGGGGAGCAGAUCCUGAGCCACAUCUGUGGAACUCUGAUCUACUUUCAUAGCAGUUCUGGGUAAAAACUCGUCACGGUUAACCGUGUUUCGGUUAAUCUAUGCAGGCCAACUAAUCUGUGCUUAAAACCUGAGGCUGUUUGAAACUGAGCUUUAAAACAUAAUAAAUACCUCAGAAUUUAA